GGCCAGCGGCUACUGUUCACCACUCCACAGUCCGUACUGUGUUUGCGGCAGCGACGCUGCUCUAAAUCCAAGCCCUAACUCUACCUAGCCCUGGCAGAUUCGAUCCGGGGCCACGAGACUCCCUCAGCGGCGGCGGCAGCGGGGAUGGAGGAGCUCAGGAUUGGCGGUGGCGGUGGGGGGAGGCCGCCGAUCCCGUCGUCGGCGAGGAGGUCGGUGCUAUCACGGCACGCCUCUUUUGUGAGGAGUCCUUUGGACAACACAAGAUCUGAAACUGGCAGAAUUUUUGAAAACGUGGAUGGUGAAUUUAUCCCGGUUGUACGAUCUGGAGGCUGGGCUGAUAUUGGGUCAAGGAGCACAAUGGAGGAUGCCUACAUUUGCUGUGAUAACUUCUUGCAAGAUUUUGGACCUGAAAACUGUGAAGAAGGGCCCAGCUCAUUUUAUGGGGUUUUUGAUGGACAUGGUGGAAAUCAUGCUGCUGACUUCGUGUGCAGCAAUUUGCCAAGGUUCAUCGUUGAGGAUGAUGGUUUUCCUGGGGAAAUAGAGAAAGCUGUGUCAUCGGCAUUCUUACAGAUUGAUGCUGCUUUUGCAGAUGCUUGCUCUGCGAACUCUUCUCUUGAAUCUGGCACGACUGCACUUGCUGCACUCGUCAUUGGGAGGUCACUUCUGGUGGCAAAUGCUGGUGAUUGUAGAGCAGUACUAUGUUGCCGUGGAAAGGCGAUUGAGAUGUCCAGGGACCACAAGCCAUCUUGCAGCAGAGAGAAGAUGCGCAUUGAAGCAUCCGGUGGUUAUGUUUACGAUGGAUACCUGAAUGGGCUGCUCAAUGUUGCGAGAGCAAUCGGGGACUGGCACAUGGAAGGAGUGAAAGCAUGCGAUGGUCUUGGGCCUCUUAGCGCAGAGCCUGAGGUGAUGACGAGGAAUCUUACCGAGGAGGAUGAGUUCAUGAUCAUUGGGUGUGACGGAAUCUGGGAUGUAUUCCGCAGCCAAAAUGCAGUAGACUUUGCACGCCGGAGACUCCAAGAGCACAACGACCCUGUUGCUUGCUGUAAAGAAUUAGUUGACGAGGCCAUCAAGAGGAAGAGUGGCGAUAACCUUUCUGUAGUUGUCGUCUGCUUCGACUCUAGGCCACCCCCUGUCCUAACAGCUCCCAGGCCUCGCGUACAGAGAAGUAUAUCUGCAGAAGGCUUGAGGGAGCUGCAGGGCUUCCUUGAUAGCCUGGCAGACUGACAUAUGCAGCUUCAGAAACCCGCCGACACUGUAGUAGCCCCUUUUUUCCAUAGCCUAGCUUUUAAUUUAGGUAUAGCAGUAUGCUCUUAACUUGAGAUAGAUGCUGUUGAGUAAUACGGCAUUGUAACAUUUGCUGAGGCUAAUUUUAUCUGUAUUUGGAAGUAUUUGCUUGCUGGGUUAGUGGGUUUGGGGCCCCGUUUUCAGCUUUACAAGUCUCGAAGGACAAGAGUGGUAUUUCUUAGACUCCAGUGGAUUGGCCAGUGAUCUUCUUUGUGAUACCA